CCGCUUCAUCACCCAAGUAAGGCACGCGACGUGGGGCUACUUACCCUCUCACUCACCCUCAGGCUAGCAGAAUGCCAGGCUACAAGGUUUGCGUGGUCGGCGGCGCGGGAGGCAUCGGGCAGCCGCUCUCGAUGCUCAUGGCGAUGGACCCGAACGUGGCGGAGCUGUGCGUGUACGACCUGACGAUCGCGAUGAUCCCCGCGGACGGGGUGGCCGCCGACCUGGGCCACCUGAACAAGGCGGCCAAGGUGAAGGCGUACGCCUUCGACAAGGACGCGCGCGCCGCGGAAGUCGCCGGCGAGUGCCUGACCGGGUGCGACUUGGUGCUCGUUCCAGCCGGUGUGCCACGCAAGCCGGGGCAGGACCGCGCCGCGCUGCUCAACAUCAACGCGGGGAUCGCAAAGAACAUCGUCGAGGCGUGCGCCAAGUUCUGCCCCGAGGCGGUCAUCGCGCUCAUCGUCAACCCCGUCAACUCGGUCGUGCCCGCCAUGUGCGAGCUGUGGAAGAAGGCGGGGCACGACCCGUGCAAGAUCGUCGGCGUGACGACGCUCGACUGCGUCCGCGCCGAGAAGUUUGUGCACGAGAUCACCGGCGCGCCCGUCGGCGACAUCUCCAUCCCGGUGAUUGGCGGCCACGCCGGCACCACGAUCCUGCCGCUCUUCUCGCAGGAUGACCGAGCUGCCCUUUCUGCCUCAAAGGUCACCUUUGGCAAGAAGGGCGUCGAGACCGUCCACCCGCUCGGCGACCUGUCGCCGCACGAGAAGGAGCGGCUCGCGGCGCUCACGCCCGCCCUCAAGGACGAGAUCGACGCCGGCCUCGAGUACGCGUCGAGAAACGAGUUCGCCGCUUGAAGGGUGCCGCUGGAGGGGGCGCCCGUCAAGCUCGCGCGCCUUGCAGCGCUUGCCGCUUGGCUCGCCACUUUUGAUGAUUCGGUCCUCGACUCUCUAUCCACCUUGCACAGUGAGUUUAUGUGUGCCAGUUUGGUGUGUUCGCGCUUCGAGCAUGUGCACACCCGGCUCUUCCGCGCGUCGACGUCUCGGCUCGUUCUGGCUUCUGCGUGUCGCUAAAGGAUAACACUCUCGAUGUGUGC